CUACUAGAAGAACCUAGUCAGGUUUCCAGAGACUCAAGGCAAGUCCUUUAGUAGUCCUCAAUUUACAUCUCCCUCUUCCCCUCUCUCUGUCUCUAUUUUCUAUAUCAAAACCUCUCUUCGGGAAACAAGCACAAUGGACGCUUCGAAGCUGAACCAGUUGAGGCAUUUCGUCGAGCAGUGUAAAGCCGAUCCUUCCAUUCUCAGUGAUCCUUCCCUCUCCUUCUUCCGCGACUACCUUGAGAGUCUCGGCGCUAAGCUUCCUACCUCUGCUUUCAAAGACAGCAAUACCAAAUCGGGAAGCUAUGUAGUGGAUGAGAGCGACGAGGACAUGGCCGAUAAUGAAGGAACACAAGUGAAUGUAGAAGAAGAAGAAGAAGAAGAGGAUGAAAUAGUUGAAUCCGAUAUCGAGCUUGAGGGCGAGAUCGUGGAGCCCGACCAUGAUCCUCCGCAGAAGAUGGGAGACCCAUCUAUUGAGGUCACUGAAGAGAAUCGUGAUGCUUCGCAGACCGCAAAGGCUAAAGCUAUUGAAGCCAUUUCUGAAGACAAGUUGGAGGAAGCUAUAGAGCAUCUUACUGAGGCGAUUUUGCUCAAUCCCACAUCUGCAAUCAUGUAUGGAACAAGAGCUACUGUUUACAUCAAAAUGAAGAAACCGAAUGCUGCCAUCCGUGAUGCCGAUGCUGCUUUAGAGAUUAAUCCCGACUCCGCUAAAGGCUACAAGUCUCGUGGCAUAGCACGUGCAAUGCUUGGUCAGUGGGAAGAAGCUGCUAAGGAUCUCCAUUUAGCAUCUAAACUAGAUUAUGAUGAGGAAAUUAAUGCUGUUCUUAAGAAGGUUGAGCCAAAUGCACACAAGAUUGAGGAACACCGUCGGAAGUAUGAUAGACUGCGCAAGGAGCGAGAGGAUAAAAAGAUUGAGCGUGAGCGACGACGUCGCCGUGCUGAGGCUCAGGCUGCUUAUGAGAAGGCUAAGAAGCAAGAGCAGUCGUCUUCUGGUCAAAAAUCUAGUGGCAUGCCUGGUGGAUCUCCUGGUGGGAUGCCUGGAGGCUUUCCAGGAGGUGUGCCUGGGGGUUUUCCAGGGGGUAUGCCUGGAGCUGGAGGUUUCCCAGGUGGCAUGCCAGGAGGGGUGCCUGGAAAUGUUGAUUUUAGCAAAAUAUUGAAUGAUCCUGAACUGAUGGCGGCAUUUAGCGAUCCAGAUGUUAUGGCUGCUCUUCAAGAUGUAAUGAAGAACCCUGCUAAUCUUGCAAAGCAUCAAUCAAAUCCUAAGGUGGCUCCUAUAAUUGCAAAGAUGAUGGGUAAAUUUGGCGGACCGAAGUGAGAAGUUAAAGGAGCAGUAUCUUUUGGAGAAAUAUAGUUGCCUGAGCUAGUUAUGGAUCGAGAUGAACUCUCAUAUGACAGCUUGUUGAAACAUGUUAUCGAUUGAGAUUAAUUCUCACAUGACAGCUUGAUAAAACAUGUCCAGAUCCUUUUCUAAUUUGUGUCAAUGUGGCUGUUUUGUUUUCCCUUUCCUUUUAGGGGCGAUAGAAAUGAGAAACUAUUGUGCAUGCUGAAUUAUUAAAGGUUACAAACUCUCUUGCUUCUAUGACAGCUUGUUGAAACAUGUUAUCGAUUGAGAUGAAUUCUCACAUGACAGCUUGAUAAAACAUGUCCAGAUCCUUUUCUAAUUUGUGUUAA